AUGGAAGACACUUAUUAUGAUAAGAACUAUUCUGAUUCUGAUAAUGAAUCUGCAACCGAAAUAGAAAACUUUCCUAUUCUUAAUUUCGACAUUGACGCAUAUCAAGAUGUUAGAAAUAAAAUUUUGCAGCAGAAUAGUGAUAACGAAAAUGAGGAUUACGAUCUUAAUAAUGCGACAGAAGAAAAUAUAUCAUUUGAAUUUGAUGAAGAUAUUGAAGAAAUUUUAUUAGAUCAAUCAGUAAAAAACAAUAAAUACAUAUCUUGCGUCAUUAUAGAUAAUAACAAUAAUGAAAAAAAAAUACGACGAUGUAACAGAAUUAAUGAAGGAGGUUCUAAUCGGCCUCUUGCCCAACUCAAAGGCACUUGGGAAGUUGAUCGUAAUACUAUUAUGCAAUGGAAUGAAAAGCUAGAUGAACUUGGUAUCUGUUAUCGACAUUUUCUUUUUGAUCAAAAUCAACUACAUUAUAAAAAUAUUCAAACAUUAGGAACAAACCAAAUAUGUGGACGCAAUAUUAGAGUUCCAUGCUUAGGAUUACAAUCAUGUGAUGCAUUACAACCUUGCCUUUUAAUUUCUAUUCAAUCAACAAAUAACACACGACCCUUAUAUAUCUGUUCAGAAUGUUUUGAAGCUAACGGUGGCCAUUUACAUCAAAGAUUAGGUCAUGGAGUUUCAAAUUUUGGUUGCAAUAGUAAGCAUGAUGAUUUAUCUACAAUUCUAGAAAAAUUUGGAAAUUGGAUUAAAUUAAUGACAAAAUCGGAUAAAUUACAAAAACAGCAACUUAUCUGGUCGUUAUUGCUAGCAAUUAAGACAUUAAAAUUGGGUUUGCCAAAAGAUUUAAUUUAUAGUCCUUUUGAUAACCAAGUUCUACUAACUUUAUUAAUGACUCAAAUAGCAUUUAAAUUAGCAAAAAUAGAUUUAAGUGAUAAAGCAAAAGCAGAAUUUUUAGAAGAAAAGGAAUGCGCACAAUUCGGAAAUCUUCUUGGAGAAUCCUUGUGA